UAAAAACCUUCGGCGAUUCCUCUGUUUCUUUUCGUCGUUUAGUAUUUUUCCUCUGCUUUUCUCGGACUCCUCUCCUCCUUCGUCCUCAAAAUCCCAAAAUUUAUCCACUAUAUCCAGACCGUUUUGCCCUCCCAAAAUCCCUUUUAUUCCUUCUCCUAUCACUUCAAAAAGAGAAAAAGGAAAAAGGGAGUGGCUUCGAGUUAAAUGUUUUUGAAGCUCAAAUCAGGCUGAAAAACACUUCGCAUUUGAAGGUUUCACUCACUUUUCGAAGCAAUGUCGGUAGCCACGAGGCCCAGGUCGUCGACGAAACCGCUAACGGAACCGCGAGCGAUUCUCGGUCCGGCCGGGAACAGAGUUAGGGUUUCGGACGAGUCGAAGAGAAGAACCGAAGCUCUAAAAAAGCCACAAAGACCGAAAGUUCCGGUCUCUCAGAGCCCAAAGUCCGUUGUACAAAGCAAUGUCUCCGUCGACAGUUGCUGUUCCUCUGACUCUUCUUCGAGCAAUUCCUCCUUCAAAACGGCAAGCUCUAGGAAAACCGUUAAGCAAAACGGGGUGAAGCAAGCCAAACCCAAGGUUGCUUCGACGGCUGACGAGGUUGUCACUGAAAUUUCUCCGGCAAUGUCGGGACCGUUAAAACGAUGUGAUUGGAUCACGCCGUUUUCUGACCCUUUGUAUACUUCUUUCCAUGAUGAAGAGUGGGGUGUUCCGGUUCAUGAUGACAGGAAGCUGUUUGAGCUACUAGUCUUUUCGCAAGCUUUAGCUGAACUCAGCUGGCCAACGGUUCUCAAAAAGAGGGAGAUAUUCAGGAAGUUUUUUGACGAUUUUGAUCCAUCAUCAAUGGCACAGUUUACCGAAAAGAAGAUGCUAUCAUUGAAAGUUGACGGUUGUCUAUUGCUUUCUGAAGCGAAGCUUCGUGCAAUUGUGGAGAAUGCUAAACUUAUUCUUAAGGUUCAGCAGGAAUUUGGCUCUUUCAGCAGCUAUUGCUGGGGAUUUGUAAACCACAAGCCGUUAAGAAAUGCAUUCCGUUAUGCGCGUCAAGUACCGGUUAAGACCCCAAAAGCUGAAGUCAUGAGCAAGGACAUGAUGCGAAGAGGCUUCUGCUGCGUGGGACCUACUGUUGUUUAUUCGUUCAUGCAAGUGGCCGGCAUUGUUAAUGAUCAUCUUUUAACUUGCUUCAGAUACCAAGAAUGCAAUGCAACCGUCAAAAAGGACAUAAAACCAAAGAUUGAGGAAAUAGAGAGACUAACUAAAGAUGCAGAGAACAUUUGCUUAUCUCGCUAGUGAAUGCCUGAGCGACACGCCACCUUUACCUUUCUCUUGACUAAUCACGCAAAUCUUAGUAAUGAGAAGAUUUUAGUAGCAAGAGACUGAUGAUGACUUAGAUGUUCCGAAAUAUUUGGUUAGUAUUUCCCUCACUGUAUUGUAUCGUGUUUCUUCAUCCUCUUCUAUGUCAUCUACCCAACCUAUGUGUUCCUUGUAAUUGUGUUAGCCUCUGUAGAGCUUUAUAACACUAGUUUUUAAGGCUUAAACAUGCUGUUCUCUUGUCAUUUGGUGGUUGUAAUAAAAUUUCAAUCUUUAUAGAUAUUCAUUGUUUGUUUCCAGUUA